AAACAUCCGCUGAAGAACCACUGACACGUGAUCCUGAUUAUAUCAGCUGGUCAGCCACACCCUCCCGCCACAGCGCAGCCACAGAGGGAACUCUAUCGAUAAUCGUGAUUCUUUCGCCGCCGCGCAACUUGCUUGAGUAACGCGAGCUUCCACCUGCUCCUCAUCCCCCUUUGCUGGAACAACCUGGUGUACUAUGCCUCAGCCCCAAAUCAAACAGGACCUUAAUCGGUCAGGAUGGGAAACCACCGACUUCCCCUCCGUCUGCGAAAAUUGCCUUCCUGAAAAUCCCUACGUGCAGAUGCUCAAGGAAGAUUACGGCGCAGAAUGCAAAAUCUGCACUCGUCCCUUCACUAUCUUCCGCUGGAAGGCCGACCGCACCGCGCGUACCAAGCGCACCGCCAUCUGCUUGACGUGUGCUCGGUUGAAGAACUGCUGCCAAUGCUGUAUGCUCGAUUUGUCCUUCGGUCUUCCCAUCGUCGUUCGUGAUGCCGCUCUGAAGAUGGUGGCUCCUGGCCCCGAGAGCACGAUCAACCGCGAAUACUACGCCCAAGGACACGAGAAGGAAAUCGAGGAAGGACGCGGGGCGGUCGAGGAAUAUGAAAAGACGGAUGAGAAGGCGCGCGACCUGCUGCGGCGACUUGCGCACAGUGAGCCCUACUACAGAAAACCUCGACAGAUCGAGGCCGCGCGCGACGAGGAGGGCGAGGCGCCGUCCUCGGAAGGUCCGGUACACAGUCGGUACGGCAACGGACCGGGACCUAUUCGAACGAGCGAUAGCAGAAGAGGGACUGCCCUGCCUGGCAGAGGGAGGGGUGGUGCGCGUGGCGGCCGUGGUGGUCGCCCGUUCCCCGGAACUGCUCAGCUGCCGCCGUCGCAAGAUGAUAUUCUUCCGCCCGCGGACCCGAAUGUUACGUCUCUCUUCAUCACAGGUGUCGAGGACGAUCUUCCCGAACACACUCUGCGGUCUUUCUUCUCCGAGUUCGGCCAGCUCCGGUCGCUCGUCUGCUCCCACCGCGCUCACUCUGCGUUCGUGAACUUUGCCACCCGCGAGGGCGCCGAAGCCGCCGCCAAACAGUGCCAAGGAAAGGCCGUCAUUAAGGGUUGUCCGCUGCGGAUUCGAUGGGGUAAGCCUAAGCCGCUGGACAAUAUGGAUCGGGAGGAACGGAUGAAACAUGCUCGCGAGGGACGAUCGGCUGUUGGGACCUCUAGGGGACCUGGCUCCGGCAACAAGUCUAUCACCGCCGCUGGCGAGGAAGCUGUCGACAAGCCUGAAAGACCCCGAAACAUCGUCGCUCCGCCCCCGGGAAGCGGCGAGAUCCAGUACACCAGCUUGUCUGGAGAUUAAGCAUACGGUUGAAAUCUUGAUAAAUUCUUGACUUGUUGAAAUAUUGGGACUAUGGAGACAAUCACAUGUACAUUCAAAGCGGGCGUUUUGUCUAUUCUUUUUACAUUGCUGUUAUCAAUCCAAAAUACCCCAGAAGACGCCGGAAGGAGAGAAAAGUUCGGGUAUACUAUAAUACAAAGCACAAAUG